CUCAUUUCGUAUAAAGUCUUUUUUAGAAGCAGUGCAAACCGCAAAGUGUCGAAAAAUCCAUUGUCGCCUUUGCAGGGAUUUUAUACCUUGCUCUCUGCAAGUCGGUUCUCGGCAAUGGAGCCGUGGAUUUGAACCCCCCGGACUUCUUAGUUGUUGUGUCUUGUAUCCAUGGACUCUCUGCUUCGUGGGGCUAUUGUGAGACCGCCUUGCCUUAAAUGUACUACGCCUGUCGAGUUGUCAGCAUUUCCACAGGGUAGAAAAAGAUGGAGACACGAUAUAUUAAAAGGAAAUCCUAAAUAUUAUCUUGUAUCUGUUGAAGAUUCAAAUUGCAGGUCAUUGAACAUCAUAAAGAAAUACAGCAUUGUAAGGUCACAAGCAUAUCAUGUGAACCGUUUUGCUGGAAGCUUAAGGCAACAAUCAACAUUUAGUUGGAUACUUGACAAGCAGUUUUCUGUGAAUGCUUCCUCUGAACAUCCUUUAGAAUCCAAGCCUGAAGCCAAGGGCACUUGGAAGUCCAUACAAACAUCCUUAGAUGCUUUUUACAGGUUUUCUCGACCCCACACAGUUAUUGGUACAGUAAUUGGCAUUAUCUCAGUUUCUCUACUAGCUAUCCAGAGGUUGUCAGAUUUUUCUCCAUUGUUUUUCAUGGGGUUAUUGGAGGCAAUCAUUGCUGCAGUUUGUAUGAAUAUUUAUAUUGUUGGUUUAAAUCAAUUGUUUGACAUAGAGAUAGACAAGGUUAACAAGCCAUAUCUUCCGCUUGCAUCUGGGGAAUAUUCUGUUGGAAUGGGUGUUGGAAUAGUUGCAUCUUUUGCUCUUAUGAGUUUUUUCCUUGGAUGGAUUGUGGGUUCGUGGCCAUUAUUUUCCGCCCUCUUUGUCAGCUUUAUACUUGGCACUGCAUAUUCAAUCAAUUUGCCAUUAUUGAGGUGGAAAAGAUUUGCUUUGAUUGCGGCAAUGUGCAUUCUGGCUGUACGAGCUGUGGUUGUCCAGCUUGCGUUUUUUCUACACAUUCAGACCUUUGUUUACAGAAGGCCUCCCAUUCUUACAUGGCCUUUGGUGUUCACAACUGCAUUUAUGAGCUUCUUCUCAAUUGUUAUAGCAUUAUUCAAGGAUAUACCUGACAUUGAUGGCGACAGAAUAUUUGGCAUCAGGUCUUUUAGUGUACGCCUAGGUCAAAAGCGGGUAUUCUGGAUUUGUAUUUACCUUCUUGAGAUUGCUUAUGCUGUGGCUAUGUUGGUUGGAGCAGCCUCUUCCUGCCUUUGGAGCAAGUUUAUAACGGUUUUGGGCCAUGGCAUCUUAGCUUUAAUUCUGUGGAACCAGGCUAAAUCUCUUGAUCUUAAGAAUAAAGUUUCAAUAACGUCCUUUUAUAUGUUUAUUUGGAAGGUAAACCCAAACUGUUUUAUGCAGAGUAUCUGCUCGUUCCACUGGUGAGGUGAAGGGGAAAUGGAGAAAGUGCAUGAAAAUAAUGAACUGAUUCGAAUGGUUCUUGCCAGGAGGUUAUAAUUCCUUCUAGAUGAUGUUAGGAGUUCUUAUUAUCUAUUAUGCAUUUUGAAAAGUUGAAUAUCUAUAUCAACAAUGAGAUAACAAUAGGAACCUCUCUCACUUGUUGCUUGCUUGUUGGUUGUAGUCUUGUUUGUAGCACAUAGUGGGUUUAAUGAUAAGCAAGUAUUUCUUACCA